AAGUAUCGGGCCGCAUAAAAAACGAGCUCAGUUGUGAACGGUACUUUGUAACGGCAACCGGCGGCAGCACGCGCGACUAACGGUUCGCUGGAAAAGUGUAGGAAAAGCCCUGAGGAAAAACUGGGCAGGAGAGUCAGCCAUUUACUGCUCGGAUCCACAGCCGCAGUAACUUGUCGCUCAUCCUCGACAGGAAUAAAACAGAAGCCGCACCAUCCACAUCCAGUUCACAUAAUCCUGCCCCCGGAUGGUCUGAAAAGAGUCAACCAUUUCGUCACCCCCUCCGUUGACAGCCGCCGCCGGGAGCAGACAGCAUUCCGCUCAUCUCACCAUGACAGAAGCCGCCUCAUCCUCAGAUGCUCCCGCUAAGUGGGGCACCGUCACAAGGCAGACGCCCCAAAAAUAGACCCCUCAUCGGAACAGAGAAGCAGGAGGAGGAGGAGAAGGAGCAGGAGGAGGAGAUGCCGCCCAGUACUGUUCUGCAAAUGCCGCCGGCUCCGUCGUCGUCGAAAUCCGGACUGGUGCUGGGCGUCUGCUGUGACCAGCUGAUGGCGGUGCAGCCAGUGCAUCGGGCAUCCGGAGCAGCAGCAUCCAAGAGCAGUUCCCCGGAUUGGGGGAAUCACAGGGCGAAACAUCUUGAAGGGGCUGCCACGACUGUCAAGUGGGUUCCGCCCUUUUUCAUUAUCCUCGCCACGCUCCUCGAGAUUCUCGUGUUUCUAUGGGUCGGUGCUGAUCCACCCGAGGACUCUCUUCUGGUGUAUCGUCCUGACCAGCGCCUCCAGCUCUGGAGAUUCCUCAGCUAUGCCCUGCUCCACGCCAGUUGGCUGCAUCUGGGCUACAACGUGCUCACCCAGCUGCUGUUUGGUGUGCCCUUGGAGCUGGUACAUGGAUCGCUGAGAACGGGCAUUAUUUAUAUGGCCGGCGUUUUGGCUGGCUCUUUGGGAACUUCGGUGGUGGACUCGGAGGUUUACCUGCUGGGAGCCAGUGGAGGAGUAUAUGCCUUGCUGGCCGCCCAGCUGGCGAGUCUUUUGCUCAACUUUGGUCAUAUGCGACAUGGCGUUUUCCAGCUAAUGGCUGUGAUUCUGUUCGUUUUCUGCGAUUUGGGUUAUGCCCUCUACUCCAGGGAACUGGCGCUGCACCAUCUACAGGCACGACCGUCGGUCUCCUAUAUCGCCCACAUGACCGGGGCUCUGGCCGGGAUCAGUGUGGGUCUGCUGCUCCUCCGCCAGUUGGAUGGUGGGCUGCGACCACGGCCACUCCGUUGGCUGGCCCUGGGCGUGUGGUGCGCAUUCAGCGCCUUCGGAAUCGCCUUCAAUCUGGUCAACACGGUCACAGCUCAACUCCUGGCCGAGGAGGAGGGUCAGGUGAUCAGGCAGCACCUGAUAAACGACCUCGGAAUGGGAUGAUCGCAGGCAGGAGCCAAAGACUGCAACCCGCUCACAUAGACACCUGUGUCUCCUCUUAUGCCUUAGUCUAGUCACUAGAUCGUAAGACUUUUCCCAGGACAGUGUGCUCAAAUAACAUAUCUACUAUACAUCUGUCGGUUAUCCUGGCUCCCACUUCAAGAGGGGAUCGCUCAAAAUACUCGUAGCUCGUAAGUCCCAACAUUUAUCUUAUGCCAAUGCCAAAGGAGUGGAGAAGUUCCUUACGGGAACCGAGCCUGGCUCACAUCAAAGACUUAGGAUCGGUUUGGGUUGCUAUCUGAUUGAUGGACUCCUCCAUUGAGUUGCCUACUCAGGCUUAAUGCCAAACCAGAGCUUAAAGACAUAACAUAUAUCCAAAUUGAAUUACUUGAAACCAGAACUCUAACUCAAUAAAAUACCAAACUAAAGAUUA